CUGCACCUUCUGAGCGACGGAAGUGGCGGCCAAUUGGGCCUGCCCCUCGGAACCCGCCGGCCAACGAGCGGCGGCAGCGCUCGUUCGGCCCCACCAAUCAAGAGGCGGCAGAGGAGGUGGGGGCGGCAGCUUCCUGGAGAUCGCAGGUGUAGGAGCGAGCGCCGCGCCCCUGGCCCGACGGGCUUCCGAAGCCGCCAGGAUGAAUGUGGGGGUGGCACACAGCGAGGUCAACCCGAACACCCGCGUGAUGAACAGCAGGGGCAUCUGGCUGGCCUACGUCAUCCUGGUCGGGCUGCUGCACGUGGUUCUCCUCAGCAUCCCCUUCCUCAGCAUCCCGGUCGUCUGGACCCUGACCAACGUCAUCCAUAACCUGGCGAUGUACCUUUUCCUGCACACCGUGAAAGGGACACCUUUUGAGACCCCUGACCAGGGAAAGGCCCGGCUGCUGACACACUGGGAACAGAUGGACUAUGGGCUACAAUUUACUUCUUCCCGCAAAUUCCUCAGCAUCUCUCCUAUUGUACUCUACCUUCUGGCCAGUUUCUACACCAAAUAUGAUGCUGCUCACUUCUUCAUCAACACAACCUCAUUGCUCAGUGUACUACUUCCAAAGCUGCCCCAAUUCCACGGAGUUCGUCUCUUUGGCAUCAACAAAUACUAAGGGAUGUGCCAGGGAAAAACUGCUGGAACAAAGGGCUAUACCAUACAGUCUUUACCUUGAAAGCCUGAUAACUAUACAACUUUUCCCAAACUGUAAGGACAAAGACACUGGAUAAUAGGGCUCCCUGGGUCCAACCCUGCUAAGAGCAGAUAUUUUUUUGAAUCAGGGAAGGCAAGUGAGGUAAGGGUCAAAUGGUUCCUCUGUGGUAGAAGCCAUGUCUGGGCAGCUUGUUUAGUAGUUAAAUUUUUCUAUGUCAUCCACCCUCACAACCAUACAGCAUUAUGUUCUGUUUUCUUUAAAAUAAAGUUCUCUCUUUUUUUUUUUUCCAGAUAUGGCUACAAUUUGGUCAGCAAUAAGGGUAGGGAGAUUUCUUCAUAAGGCUGGGGAAGAAAGAUGAAAUGCUGACUUACUGAACAAAACU